CCGCGGGCGUCGGCAGAGUCGGCGGCGUCGGCGGCUGUGGCGGCGGUGGCGGGUGGGAAAUGGCGGAGUACCUGGCCUCCAUCUUCGGCACCGAGAAAGACAAAGUCAACUGCUCGUUUUACUUCAAGAUCGGAGCGUGUCGCCAUGGAGACAGGUGCUCUCGGCUGCACAACAAGCCCACCUUCAGCCAGACCAUCUUGAUUCAAAACAUCUAUCGUAAUCCCCAAAACAGUGCACAGACGGCUGACGGCUCACACUGCGCCGUGAGUGACGUGGAGAUGCAGGAGCACUAUGAUGAGUUCUUUGAGGAAGUGUUCACGGAGAUGGAGGAGAAGUACGGGGAGGUGGAAGAGAUGAACGUGUGCGACAACCUGGGCGACCACCUGGUGGGGAACGUGUAUGUCAAGUUCCGCCGUGAGGAGGACGCGGAGAAGGCCGUGAUCGACCUGAACAACCGCUGGUUCAACGGGCAGCCGAUCCACGCCGAGCUCUCCCCCGUGACCGACUUCCGGGAAGCCUGCUGCCGCCAGUACGAGAUGGGGGAGUGCACGCGGGGCGGCUUCUGCAACUUCAUGCACCUGAAGCCCAUCUCCAGGGAGCUGCGGCGGGAGCUGUAUGGGCGCCGGCGCAAGAAGCAUAGGUCGAGGUCCCGGUCCCGGGAGCGGCGCUCUCGGUCUAGAGACCGUGGUCGUGGCGGCGGCGGCGGUGGCGGAGGCGGCGGGGGCCGGGAACGCGACAGGCGGCGGUCGAGAGACCGGGAGAGGUCGGGGCGGUUCUGAGCCGCCGUUGUUGCCAGUGUCUAGCCUUGUAGUUGAUUGACCAAACCAGUUCAUAAUGGGAAUUUUUUUUAAAAAACAACAAAAAAAAAACACAAAGAUGGGUUUCUGAAUAAAAUUUGUAGUGAUACGGUA